UGGGUGGAACUCCAUGGAGACCGUGCAGGCUAUGAUGAUCCAGCCAUUGUGACUGGUAUUGGGAGCGUAGAUGGUAAAAGCUACCUGUUCAUAGGCCAUCAGAAAGGUAGGAAUACAAAGGAAAACAUUGCGCGCAACUUUGCAAUGCCAACUCCCCAUGGCUACAGAAAGGCUCUGCGUAUGAUGAAAUAUGCUGAUCAUCAUGGUUUACCCAUUGUUACGUUUAUUGACACUCCAGGGGCUUUUGCUGAUUUGAAAUCUGAGGAACUGGGUCAGGGAGAAGCUAUAGCCCAUAAUUUGAGGACUAUGUUUGGCCUGAAAGUUCCAAUAAUAACAGUUGUCACUGGUGAAGGUGGUUCAGGUGGUGCUCUUGCCAUUGGUUGUGCCAAUAAGUUGUUUAUGCUGCAAAUGAUUAUCGAUGCUGGUGCUUAUCCUUCGCCUCUUGGGUAUGGACUCUUUCCAAAGAGUGUAUGCACAUCAGUCAAUGAGUGCAUGUGCCAUGGAAUACCUGAUUCUCGCCAGCUACAGGAUGGCGACAUAAUAAACAUUGAUGUGACAGUCUACUUAAAU